UCGCACGUCAGGUUUUCCUGCACAUGCCACAUGUGGUUCCCAUAGCAACCAUAAAAUGACAUCAACAAGAUAACUGCUUUCUGUGACAAUGACAAAUCCAGGCAGCCAUAAACCAUUCAAGCCACCGACUCCUCCUGUCAUUGGUAAAGUGAGUCACCAUAGCAUUGACCUGAGCUGGGAGACAGAGGAGAAUGAACCACGGACGGGCUCACCAGAGAAAUGGACCCGCUUCUCUGUAGAAGAGAUGGACCCCAAAUCACACACAUAUGGGACUAUCUAUGUCGGGUACAGUAGUCACCACACUGUAGAAAGUUUGGAGCCCAGCACGUCCUAUAAGUACAGACUGAGAAUCACAAGACCAACUGGGGAGUCCCUCUACAGCCCGGCUGUGUCUGUCUCUACCACACGUGAGCCUAUGAGUGGGAAGAACCUCCAUCGUGCUGUCAACAUGAAUGAUGAGGAGGACAUGACCAGAGUGUUGGCGUCUGGGACAGUCAGUGUGAACGUCAAUGACAAACACGGUUUCACUCCUCUCAUGGUGGCUGCACAAAAAGGCUUUGCCAGACUGGUUCACAAAUUGGUAGAACACGGUGCAGACGUGAAUAUGAAGAACGGUAGUGGGAAAGACAGUCUGAUGCUGGCAUGUUUCUUUGGCCACCUGGACAUAGUGAAGUACCUGAGGAGAUUUGGGGCCACGUGGCAGUCCCAGGACAUGGGGGGCUGUACCCCCCUCCACUGGGCAGCUGACGGAGGACACCUUGCUGUCAUAGCCUACAUGAUCCAGGAUGGCUGUGAGUUGGACGUUAGGGACACCGUGUCCCACUGGACUCCUCUGAUGAGGGUGUCAGCGGUCAGUGGGAACCCAGCGGUGGCCUCUCUCCUCAUCAGAGCCGGGGCUGAUGUCAACACCAGGGACAAGGAUGGCAAGACACCACUUAUGGUGGCAGUGUUGAACAACCACGAGGAGCUGGUGCAGCUGUUGUUGGACAGUGGGGCCGACCACGAUGUGAAGAACGGGUUUGGGUCAGGGGCAGCUGAAAUGGCAAAGGCCUUUGGAAGAGAGAAUAUCAUCAGUUUAUUAGAAGGACGGAAGAGUAUAGUCAGAGAUGGUAUAGUCCAUUAUUAAAGAGUAUUGUCAGAGAUGGUAUAGUCCAUUAUUAAAGGGCUUAGGUGGACAGCAUUAUUUAUUCUAAUAGCUUUAUUACUGUUGUUUAUUUAUUAACAUAUUGUAUGUAGGUGCUGUAUUUUUAUCUGGAUAUUUGUUUUGUAUAACAAAACAUGUAUACAUAUACUGUAUACCAAUUUUUAAGGAUGAAUGAAAUAAUAAACCAUUAAGAAUUCC